AUGUCUUCCAAGCUCCUCAACUAUGCAGCGGCCAGUAGCACCAAUGCUCACUCACGGUUCGUAAACGAUACGAAACGACGAGCAACGGUGGUCGUGCCGGGUGACGCCAGUUCUUCCGCUCCGUGGAACUACGACAACCUGCAACUGGCCGAUAUUCUGUGCCCCGUCUGCCAGUCGUUGGUGGUCGAACCGGUUUUCUUACCCUGCCAGCAUCUAUUCUGUCGCAACUGUCUUCUUGCGACCAUCGAGACAAACAACUUGAACUGCCCUUGCUGUCGGAAACGGUUCGGCACCUGGUACCGGAAUGCUUCCCGUUGCAACACACUAGUGCACGAGCGGCUUUGGCAAGCCAUCCAAAGUCAGUUCCGUGAACGCUUGCACGAAGAACAGGCAUCCUGUGGCUCCUCGGCCACCGUCGGCUCGAUACACGGACUUACCAUGUUCCAUUUCGCAGCCAACAAACCUGCCGCCUACCGACUGGCCAAUCCGGGUGACAUCAGGAAGGAGUACAAAGAAGAAUUAAAGCGCUAUCAGGAGGAGUUGCUGUCGGACGAGAAAAAGGAACUGAUCGCUUCCGAGCAGUACAUUAUCAAUCUGUACAAACAGGAGGGCAUUAUCGAUCUGGCCGAUAGCAGCAGCCAUGUGUCAGUUUCGUCGACAACGACUCCCGACGUGCAGGACAGUGCCGGCGGUCGUAAGAGCAUCACAAAUACUUCGGUGGCCGGUCCAUCGUCUUCUACCGGUGCACGCCAGCUACCACCAUCGAAAGCGCUCACUUCAGGCCAAAUGGCAGCGGACAGAGUUUCUGAGAAGGUGUCACAGCCGGCCCGAUUAAACACUUCAAAGUCACCGUCGAAUGGAAGUGUAAUCUCCAUUUCGUCCACCUCGUCGGCGGCCUCCGCCGCGACGGCCACUUCGUUCGUGUCCUCGUCCGUCUCCGAGCGCUUUAGUCUGAUUAAAUCCGUCUCGCAGAAGAUUGGCCGUAGCGCAGAGCUCGUGAAGCAAACGGCCAACGAUCUACACAGGCUCACGUUUGGGAAGCUGCAGCAGCACCAAAAGUCGAUGGGCACAAUCGAUCUGAACAAAAGUGAGCUGUGCGUUAAGCCGACGGAUCUGCACAAAGCGGAACAGCGUGGCGCAGUUGACGAAGAGGAUGACACCGAUAGUCUGAAAGCGGAACAGAACCACUUCGUCCCGAUCCACACGACACUGCCAAAGAGCAGCUUCUCGUUGGAUAAUGUUGUACGCGUUGCCCCGAUCCGGUCACCGACGGUGUCCGUCAAGUACACACUGACACCGAAAAAGUGUCCCUAUCGGCCACUGGCCGAUGCUACCACCAGUAGCCCCCGCCAGUCGGCGUUUUCGGUUGUGAAUUUUAUGCUUCUGACCCCACCCAAAAAGCUGCUCGGUGAGCCCAGCGAAAAAUCGUCCACUUCGUCGUCGUCGUCGUCGUCCGACGGAUCGAAAACGGCAAAAAAAACCGUGUCCUCAAGCACUGCUCGGCGUGGCCGUCGUCGUAGAAAGCUCAAGUUUACGCCCACCAAGGCACGCAAAGUCACUACACGGAGCACGGUGGUUCCAGAAGGUGACGCAGAAGUAACAACAACCACCGCCAGCUCAAGAAGCACGCGCCGAACUUCCGACCGUUUGCCGAGGCUGCUAAAGCACGCGAUCGUCAGUGAUCAGCAGCGUAUCGAGCAGCAGAUCGAAAUGGAACGGCGUGAUUUUGAGUUUGCACAAAAGUUGCAACAAAAGCUGAACCGAUCGAACGGUGUGAUGCAGGAAAUCCAUCGGCUGUAUCCGGCCGCACGGAACUGUAGCUACUCACUGCGCCGCAAGGGUGGUAACGUGGAUGCGUUCGACCGCGGCACGACCCUCAGCGACGAUCGGUCCACCGAGUCCACGGAGGACACCAAGAACCUUGCGCAGAAAACGCGCAAACGGAAGGCUACCAGCAGCAGUGUGGAGAACGAUGUUCCUACUGCGUCCCCGCCAUCAUCGACGGGGCGGGCUGCGGACACGGUGAGAAAGCGCCAAACGAGGCGAAUGAUCAAACAGGAGCCAGUGGAAGCACCGCCGCCUCCGGUCGAUAAACAACUUUCGGUUCCGCAACGCAAAUCCACCCGGAACAAGGCCCGUUGAAUGCCGGUGCCCGCCUCAAGUUCAAUAUGAAGAGUGAGUGUAAAGUGCAGAUUAGCUCACAUGCUCUAACCUAACAAACCGUGCCACAAGCAGCCGUAUGAUAUGUGUUUUGGCAAAGCGUCUUCAAAAGGCGACGCCGCAAGGACUAGGAAUGGUCACUUUGUUAAGGACUAGGUGACAUAAAAUUUUUGGGCAGAAAAGUUCGGCUGUAGGCGUCCACCGAUAGAGUGGACACGAGCACAAUGCCACAAUGAUAUGUUCGUCAUUCUAUUCGUUCAUUGUACAGAACCGUAGAGAACUAAGGCGGAGCCGCUGGAAGAGAGUUUUCUCGUACUAGUUUUAACCCCUUGAUCUGUCGAUCGUGAAACUGCGUUUAUGGAGUACCGUCAACAGUCUACAGAGUCGGAUAAAGUGUUUGGUUGUACUCUGCUGAACGCAUCGAGUUCUUCGCAACGUGCGCUAAACAAUCCCAGUUGCAAUACACGCGAUAUUCCAAUUGUAGAUAUAUUUACAGCCCCAUAUUUCCGUAGCACGUAGUUUGUAUAAUUUAAGAAGAAAGUCGGUAGUUUGCUGCACCCGAUUGUAACAUGGCCUCGGGCACGGAAAGGGGCGUACUUUUUGAUAUAUUUUCCCCAUGCCACCUUGCGACCGGGACACCGAGAAUCCUGGGCGCCGUACAUUCUGUAUUUGCAUUUAAACAACGCCGGGUAACGCUUCAGUCGCACGAACGGCAGCCCUUUUGUUUUUCUACGAAACAAACCCGUUGGUUCGGUGCGUUACAGAUUACUUACUAACCAGAAGCGAGUGCGAAGAGAUCGUGCGCAAAAGAGAAGGUCCACGCAAGGUCCCGGAAAAUGGGCCGCAGUCUUUGCAUGCAUGAGUGUGCUUACGUAAAACAAAAUUCAACAAAUUUUCUAUUUGCAUAAUCACACGAAAAACUCUACUAAAAAUUUAGACAGCAAACGAGGAAUGUGAGAUUGCGAAAACGGAUACAAUAAAGUAAAAUUCAUCAU